GCUCGGACAUGGCCAUCUUCUGCCUGCUGUGUGGGAAGCGCUUCCAGACCCAGCCGAUGCUGCAGCAGCACAUGGAAGUCCACGCCGGCGUCCGCAGCUACAUCUGCAGCGAAUGCAACCGGACCUUCCCGAGCCACACUGCACUCAAACGUCACCUCCGCUCACACACAGCGGGGGACCACCCAUACGAGUGCGAGUUCUGCGGGAGCUGCUUCCGAGACGAGAGCACGCUGAAGGGUCACAAGCGCAUCCACACCGGGGAGAAGCCCUAUGAAUGUAACGGCUGCGGCAAGAAGUUCAGCCUCAAGCACCAGCUGGAAACCCACUACCGCGUGCACACAGGUGAGAAGCCAUUUGAGUGCAAGCUGUGCCACCAGCGAUCCAGGGACUACUCGGCCAUGAUCAAGCACCUGCGCACCCACAAUGGCGCCUCGCCCUACCAAUGCACCAUCUGCCUGGAGUACUGCCCCAGCCUGUCAUCCAUGCAGAAGCACAUGAAAGGCCACAAGCCCGAAGACGUCCCCCCAGACUGGCGCAUAGAGAAGACCUACCUUUACCUCUGCUAUGUCUGAGUCCGGGAGAGUGAAGAGGGGAAGGGUACGUGAGCGGGUGGGGAGGAGAGGAGGAGGAGGAGGAGGAGAGGAGGAGGAGAGGGGAAUGUAAUUGAGCGGAGAGGAGGCAUUUGGAGUGUUGACAGCUGAGGAACGUCAGCGGCGAGAGACUCGAAAGCAAGAGGGUUAGAUUUCUCUUUUUUUCUUUUCAUGCAAAAGGGCGGCGGCAGCGACCGGCCGGUGGGGGGGGGGGGGGACACAGGUGCUGAGAAGAGGAAGACUUGGACACGGAGAGAGAUUCUCCACCAUUGUUCGGAUUCACCGGGUCAUUCACUACAUCUGCAACUUUGGUAUUGUUUCGGGUAAUUUCACACGGCACCGGAAAGCGAGCGAGCGGCGAGGAAGUGACGCUGCUGCAGCCACCAGGGGGCGAGGAAGCCGAUUCUCAAGGGCUACCUGAACCACCGGGAACUGAAUCUCUAACUCCGUUUCUUUAGUCCAAAACAGAUGAAAGGAUUUUUGUUGUGUUUACCAUCACACUGCACAUCAAAGAAUAUGUAAAGCAUCAGAUUAGGCCUCCUCUUCAUCAUCGCCGUUUCCACAAACCUACAUUUCUAAAAUCAAACGCCAAAUUUAUUCUGAUUUCUAAACCGAAACAUAUUUUCAAUUUUCAUUUGAGUUUUAAAACAGCCGUACACUCCGGUGGGAGUUUUUCCUGCUUUUGGGUGAACACGCCCCCGAAUCUUUCCCAAAUGGGAAUCAGAUCACUUUUGUUUAGGCAGCGGGACACAGGUUUUAAUCCCAAAAAUCUAUCUCUCCCCGGCCUGCACGUUAAAUCCUUGAGUUCCCGGCAGCGGUGGCAGCGAGUCAGCCCUUGAGAAUCGGCAAGAGGAGCCGCUCGGCUUCUUCAGCAGACGAGACAGCUGAACUGGACAGGUGGGAGCAUUAAAAUACUGCAAACCAAGCAGCCAUUUGGUUGUUGUGGUGGUGGUGACGGGGGGGAAGCUGGUGCUGCCUAUGGUCGGAUGCCUCCCUGGUUUUUUCUCACAAGUCUUCCUGGUUGUGCAUCAGACGAGGGCUGGAGGAGGAGGAGUCAUCACUGGCGCCCCCACCCACCCACCACCCCCCCACUCCGAGCCGAAGGCUAACUUGCGUCACUUUUGUUUCUAUCACAUAUAUUUUUUUUUUCGUUCUAGCUCCGCGUCAUAGUUUAUCAAAGCUUGAAUGCACAGAUAAAACAAAUGACGACAACAGUCUCUGUUCGAUGUCUGCGAGGUCGUAUAAUCCUCCCAUUAAAACCAUAACCAGCUACGGCAGCACGCCACAAUACACCCAACAAUACUCAACUACUCAGCAAUACAUGACUGGACUGCGUGUACCCAUGUGCAUUGUAACCACACCACUAUCAUAAUCUCACACUACACAACAACACUCUAUAACACAGCGGAUCGGUCCAUUCACCACCACUGUGAUGGAAAACAACAUUUUUGGGAUACAGCUGCUUAUUUCUCUUCUUAUUUUUUUUGUUGGUGGGAGUCCUGUGACUUUGACUGCUCGUGGUGAAUGUUGAAGAGUUGCUGGGAUGCCUUAGCUGCACCCCCGAGCAGCUCGGUGGAAGGCGGUGCUGCAGGAUGAAGACUGUUAUAUGGCUGCAAAAAAAAAAAAACAUGAAUGUGAAAAGACUGUGAGCCCGGUUCGGACAAAGGCUGCGUCGAAAUGUUACCGUCGCAGGUUAAUGCUGCAUUACAGGUCAAUGUCGGACAUCUUUAAUUCCAAGCAGUCAUAUAACAGAACCCCGGCCAACCAGGGAUUCGAACCAUCUCACCUUAAGAUCAUUCAAUUCAAACUUAGCUCUACAAUGAGACAAGGAUUUUUUUUUCAAACUAGCUGAUCCGGCCUCAGAAAAGGCUGCGCUUUAUUUUGUAGUUAUAAAACAGAUAUAAUGUUUAAAUAGUUCAUAAUCUCAGAUAUGUUUGCACUGAAGAAAUCACCAUCAGGGCUUUAAGCAAAUCGAAAGCAUGAAAGAUUGGAGGGUUAGUCAAAACCCUCAGGAUAAUAUCAAAAAAACUAUAUUGUUACAAUAACCUUUAAAGUCUCAAACCCAAAUUCAAAUCUUUUCACACUUGACGUUUGAAUUUCAGACUUUCUGACGUCCCUGAAAGCAGCAUUAGUCCUCUCAUGGUGAACACAGCCACAGGUAUUAAGGUCGAACAGAAAGUCUUUGAUGAGCGUCACUGAUUGGACGAGAUACGGCCCAGCAGCUUAGUGGGCGACCAGUAAGAUGACAGAACAAAUCUGCUCUCUCUCUCUUUCUGUGGUUUGGUUUUUUUUCAUCCCUGCGCUUUGUCUCUCGUCUCCUGUCGUUUGUUAUCGUUAUUGUUGACCUUGAGUUUUAUCUCAACACAUCGUACUUGAAUUUUUGUGACCUCAUGUUGCUUGUGUAUUUUUUUUUCCCUUUUUGUUUUUGGUUUCUUCUGUACUUUUGUUUUGUUCUCGUUCAUGAGCGUACGUCGGAAAGAUGCAUUGCACAACGUGAUGAAGCAAUGGAGGCGAUGAAAAAAAUAUUAAGUGCCACGGUGAAGAGAUUUGUUUUUCUAAUGUUGUGUAUUUCUUUGUGCAUUAGUUGUUACCAAACUUGGUAUUAUUAUUAACCCUGCUUGUUAAAGAGCCGGAAGGUUUGGUCAUUUGUUAUAAAAGCUACCUCUAAGUUGUUUUAUUUUCCUUUUAUUUUUUUGGCAAAAGCACAUAUUUGUGUGUUUGUGUGUUUUGCGUUAUUUCAUCAUUGCUACUUCAUCUCAUGCUUUUUUAUUUUUUUUGAUUUAUGAUUGUGUUUUUGAGCAAAAUGUACAUAAAAGGGUAAGAAAUAACAAAAGUAGAGAUUGAUAGGAUGUGAAAAUCAUUCAAACGGAUGUUUAUUCUUCUCUUAUAGUCCCCUUCCCCCCCCCCUCCCCCAACUCCAACCAGAGAAGCGCAGAGAAAAAAACAAAACAAAAGCAAUUGUGAAGCCUUAAGUGAUGAGUCGGAGGGACUCGGCAGACGAGAGGAAUUUUCUUUUCAAGAGGGUUUAAAGUGGAGAAUUUAAACUUGAAAAUAUGUUAAUAGAAUUGUAGUUUUGUAAUGUGAAGAAGAACAAAAAAAAAGAGAAAAGAGGGUUCAUGGAAAAAUACGGCGGAACCUCCCGGGACGGGUGAAAUUUGCAGCGAUGCAGCGUGCGUUGGACAAUUGGAACUGCAAGCGGUAAUCAAAACAAAAAAAAAUAACAAAAGAAAUGAAAAAAAUACCCUGAGGGUUAAAAAUAGAGUAAUUCUCUCGAGUGUAUUCCUGAACAAGAGCCACCAGAGGCAAUUUGAUAUAUAAAAAUUGUGAUAUUUUUGUAUCGUCAGUCCUUUUUCCAUUUGUGGAGGGUCACAGCAGGGCACAAAUAUUUGUAUUUCCUUCUUUUUACCUGUUUUAUUUUUUCUCUUCUCUCUGGGUGUGAAUCAUUUUUGCCUUGCUCCUCUUUGAUAUUGUUGGACAAAAAAACUGUGUGUGUGAAACAUAUUGUAAUAAUAAGUGUUGCUUUCUGGAUGUCAAUUGCAUUGUAGGUGAAGGACUCAAAUCUAUCUGCCACAACUUUUACGAGUGUGUGUGUGUGUAUGUGAGUUUGAAAAAACAAAAAAACAACAACAAAAAAAGAUGAUAAAAUACAGCGAGGAGGGGUGGGGGGGCGCUGUCAAAACCGACCAAUUAGUACUUGUCAUUCACAAUUUUUCAAUCAAACUUGACUGUCGACAUAUUUUUGUUUUUGUACUUGAAAAAAAAAAUGAAAAAAGAAGAAGGGAUGGCACGUCCCGUUUGGUGUCUUGCCAUUUUAUUCUCAAACACUGUGAGCAGAGGGGGCUUUUUUCACCCUCCUUAAAAAUAUCCACCCACUAUAAUAUAACCCAGUCACGGCUCAGUCUGAAACCACCACAAUGCAAAACCUGUGCAGUCACGUUGUUCCCAUCAUCGUCCUCUGAAUGUUUUCUACUUUUCUCUCGUGCGGGUGAACGAGUGCGUAAACGACUGUGUUACUAUGUGCGUGCGUGCCUGAUUGUGCGUCUGUGUGUAUGUAUGUGUGUGUGUGUGUAUUAGUGGAAAAAUGCACUAAUCAGAUCAGAUACAAAAUAAGAGGAUAUUCUAUGCCACUUUUUUCUCUAUGUUGGAAAAAAAUAUAUAUAUACAUUGGCAUCGAUAUAGUUCUUCCCUCAGUGUUCCUCCGAUGUUUCUGUACUAUCUUUGUGCCUAAAAAUGGAAAUUGUUCAACAAAAAUAUCCAUCUAUAUCUGCUUAGUUUUCUGUAUUUUCAGAAGAAAAUAAAAAUGGUGUCUCCAGCACCCUAGGGAUGUCAUGACGCUCGUAAAUGACCCGAUUUGGGGUUUUUCUCUUUUUGUUUUUUAAGAUCCUGAAUAGAGCAGGGCUUCUUUUUCAAGGACUGCAAUAAACCCCUGAAUGCUACUGAAAUAGCAACUGGAAUUUUUGCAUUCACUUCUUCUUCGUCCUCGUCCGGGUCUGUGAUUGGCGCACACAAAAAGCAUUUGUUUAGUGAACACAAAGCAAAAAGCAUGCAAAGACAAAAUGUGCUGGAACGCAGUCGUGCAAAUCUGCUCCACGCACAUCGUCUGUUUCUUUUUAUUUUUAUUUUACAGCAACAGGUUUGCUAACGAGAACUUUAUAUAUCGCUCUUGGAAGAAAAAAAUUGCGGAGGCCUCCAUUUGGGUAGGUUGGCACUGGGGUAUCCCCCCCCCCCCCUUCUCCCCCUUCUGCGCUACUUCAGUUUUUUCGCCUUUUUGAAAGUACUUUUUCUUUUUCUACAAAAUGCAUUUUAGAAGGGGAUGUGAAAUUUCGUCAGAGAGGAAUCAUGGCAUCCCUGGAGCUGGCCCUCUGUGUUUUGGUGUGGUGUUUCUAGAACAAAGUAGCCAUUUCAUGCAGUGUUGCGAUGCAUGUGCCAUCAAGGUCUAGACUAAAAACUGUUUGAGUAACAAAGCACCAAGACAUUGUAUUUUUUUAUAUUAGCACUGAGGACCAAUCGCCCUGUCGGACCAAGCAUAACUAAGCUUUUUGUGUAACGAAGCUUUUUUCUCUCGUUGUCUUUCCCUGGCUUGUCUGUGCUACUUCUCUCCUCCAUUGUUGUGACAGCACAAGUGCCAGUCGAGUUGCUCUGUAUUAAGAAAAAUAGUGUUUUUAUUAUGAUUUGAAUUGUUAUAGUUUUUGUCUACCUCAGCACCUAAUCUUAGCCUAAUCUUAGAAGGUGCCCAAUUAUUAUUUUUUAUUUUCUUUAUUUUGUUCUCUCUAUUGUUGUCGGUUGUAUGAUCAUUCUUUUUUUUGUUUUUUGAAAAAUUUGCAUUAGAGCUUUGCAAAGGUCCUUUGUCUUUUCCAGCGACAAUGUGCUAUUUUUUGUUUUUUGUUUUUCGUGGCCGUGCGUUUCCUGUUGAGCUGUGCCACCAAUCUAUAGCCACCGUCUGUUGAUAUAGAGGUUGUUCUUUUUUGUUUUCUUUCCAUGUAGAAUCGGACACAUCUCUUUGUAACAUUUCAGUGUUCUCUGAUGGAGUGUGAAAAAAAAUAAAAAGGAUAAAUAAAAGAUUGAAUGCUGCAGGUUCUCUUCUCCAUGUUGUCACUAAAGUCAAUGUUGUGCCUUUGAUAGUGAAAAAUAUAAAGAAUAUUUCGAGUUUUUUUUUUUUUUACAUCCUACUAACGGUAGAUUGUUUUUUGUAGUGACAUUUUUUUUGUAUUUUUAUUUAUGAGUCUCAUAAUAAAAAUCUAAUCACGAUGUUCAGUUGUAUACUUUCAAUCUGCAGUUAGAAAAAAAAUAAAAAGUUGACUUCA